AUGAAAGAGUUCGCCCUUCAGUAUGAUAUCGCCUUUAUUUUAUUCGUGCCGACUGUUCACAGUUUUGAGCAGGUUGAAACUCGCACAAAGAAGAUGAACGACAGAGCUCGGGGAUCGGGGCGACCAUCCGAAGAUCGUGGGGCGGUAUUGAAUUCAGUGCAGGACUUUCCUGGUAUCUGCGAGCUGAUCUUAGCCGCCAAAACAAAUCUCGAUUGA